CCAAAUAAAAGAAACGGGAGAAUUCGAAAUUCUCAUUCUUCUAGCAAAAGACAAUACUUAUAUUAGCUAAAAUUCAUAUCUAGUUAACUUUUUUCACCCUUUCUCCCUCUUAUUGUCUCUUUAUCGGCCUUCUUUCUCAAACUCUCUCUGCCUCUCCAAUACCUUAAACGCCUUUCUAUGCGAUUUUCAUAUUCUUUAGUAAUGCCUUUGUAUAAUGAAAUAGUAACAGUAUAAGCUAUCAAUAUUGUCAAUUAUUUAAUACUACUAAACAAAAUUUAGACUAUGUCAAAAGAACAGUUAGCUUUGUUGCAUUGCAGAAACAUUUGCAAACUCGAUAGUGCUUAUCAAAUAAAUCCAAUUUUUGUGGGCUAUUCGUUAUUUAAGUCGUCUUAGCUGAACGUAUAACCGAAAUCUGUCCUUUUCCCAUGUUUUAUGGCGCCAUUUUCAGUUCUGUUUAGUCAUCGGAAUAGAACUGGAAAAUCACAUUUGUAAUAAUUGCCAUUAAAGCGGCAUCCAAAUCAAUGGCUUUUGAGAAGCGCUCGUUUAUUACUUCUUUGAAAUUGAAACUCGGAGUUUGCUUGGAUGUCCAUCUGAGCUCGUAAAAAGACAAAGGAAAUCCGCAAUAAAUUUACCACAACUGGAUUGCACAACGGCAGCGAGUCCUUUCCCAAACCCAAUAAAGCUUGCCUUAGACGAACACACAUACACACACACACACAAGUCACACACAUAGAGACGUAUACAAAGGCAGAGCGGGGGGCGUUACCACGCCCAUAACGUUGACUAAAAAUCAGUGAUUUGUAAGUGUAGCCAAGUGAUUUUGAUUUUUUUUUUUCGGAUAGCGAAUGGGAAGCGACGGGAAAUGGGAAUAGGAAAGAUGGGUUGAGCAAAAGAAAAUAGAAUAAUGAAAAUCAUGCAAGGGGAAAGAAACGAUAUCAAUAUUGUCCUGUCAAGCGAGGGGAUAGGGGGGGCGGGGGCGGAUGGAGCUGCCAGCCACCAUUAUUGUUUAGCUACGAUAGUGUCUGUAUGUGUGUGUGUGUGUGUGUGUUUGUGUGCCAGCAACUUCCGCAAAACUGAAAACUAAUUUGAACAAAGUACAACAAAUAAAACUGACUACUGAAUGUUUAAUUUGAAAAGGGAAGAAAGCGAACGGCAGCAACAGCAACAGCAACAACAACAGCAGCAACAAUAAUGUCUAACAACUAGAGAACAAAAACAGCGAAAAUGAAAAAGAGAAAUAAUGCACACACACACACACACACACACACACACACAUACAUAUACAAAAUACCCCCCAAUUGUGUUAAGGAUGUUGCGAAAAUGGCGCAUUGGCUGCGAGCGAGGGACGCGGGUGCGGCGGGGUACUCAAACGAACUGAGCUGAAACGAGAACGAGAACGCCCGACAUACGGUUAGAAAAACAUUCGCACAUAAAAAUGCUAACAUUUGAACGAGAGCGCAUACUAGUACAGCACGCACACGCACACACACACACAUAAUAAGGCAGCAAGUGUGUGAGUGUGUGUGCGUGCGAGUGCGGCUGACAUAAUGAAACAUUAUUAAGAGCCACGACGUCAACGCUGCAAAAGGUAUCUAAAUUUGAGAAAAUGUUGCCCAUAGUCAGCAUGUAGGCGAGCGCGGGUAGCGCAACGGAGGGGCACGCCAUGAGUUUUGGCUUCUGCAGUCGCUGGCGUCGACGUCGCCUGCCAAUUUGCGUCCGCGCCCGCGUUACACAAUGGUUGGAGAGGAAAACACAAAUAUCACAUUUACAGCAAGCAGCACUCCACCAUUUUAUGUUAUUACGUUGUCGUAUGGGUGUGUGUAUGUGUGUGUGUGUGUGUGUGUGCGAGAGCGACUGCCUCGGCCCCUGCCUAGCCCCUGGCUCCUGAUUGGGGGUGCGUAGAUUGGUUUACAAUCUCAGUCAUCCCCUGCUGAGAGCAGACGCAAAGCCUAUCUCCAUCUCGCUCUGGCAUGAACGGUUCUGCUGACUGCGCUGACGCUGGCGCCGACUGCGCUGCUGAUGCUGCUGGCGUUGACGGCAGCAAUGUCGACAACGACAACGACAACGACAACGACUACGGCUGCUGCGACAGCGACGACGACGUCGACAGUAGAAUCACAGUUAUUCGAGAUACGAAAACAUAGCAGCGCCGACAAAAGCUCAUGGAAGCGAGAGCGGCAGCGGUUUUGGAUAAAUAAAUGUUUGAGUUAUGUAGAAAAACAUUUCGGGCGAGAAGAUUUUCGUUUUCGUUGCGAUUCAGUUAACAUUUGGCAAAAGGAUUCCGCCUAAAACAGACAAACCGACGGAUGACGCGUCAGACCAAGUCGCAAAGUCGUAACUGUGACAAGUUUCCAACUCGAGUUCAAUACAAGCGGAAACGGUAAAUGCAACGGUAACGGAAUCGGAAGUCGCGUUGCACAGUUAAAAUUCGUGUUGAGAAAUAUCUAAGAAAAUCAAGUGAAAAAAAGCGCAUUAAUCAGUUCCUGAGAAAUAGUCAAACAAGUGUUACGUCCUAUUUAUAAGUUAAGCACUUCAUUAGCAUAAAUAAAUACGCUACAAAUACAAAUACAACUACAAAUACAAGGACAGCUCAGUUUGGUGCAGUGUACAAGAUAGUUAGAGAAUUGUAAGAUCUAAACAUCAAAGGCAUGCACACCAGCACGGAUCCCAUGCACGCCCUGCACGACUGCGCCUCCCAGUCCCCCCCACCGCACAAGGGCCAGCGCGGCGGCGUCGCAGCCUCGCGAGCCGCCGCCGCCGCUGCGGAUGAAAUGUCCAUGAUCUGCGAUGACAGCGAUUUUGAGUCCACGCCCGCCGGCGGCGGCAGCAGCAGCGGCGAUAACAACAACAGCAGCGGCGGCAACGUCAACGGCGGCGCUGGCACCGGCGGCCCCUUGGUGAAGCCGCCGUACUCCUACAUUGCCCUGAUCACCAUGGCCAUACUUCAGUCGCCGCACAAGAAACUCACACUCAGUGGAAUAUGUGAUUUCAUCAUGUCCCGUUUUCCGUACUACAAGGACAAGUUCCCAGCUUGGCAGAACUCCAUUCGCCACAAUCUCAGUCUGAACGAUUGUUUUAUCAAAGUGCCGCGCGAGCCGGGCAAUCCGGGCAAGGGCAAUUUCUGGACACUGGAUCCCCUGGCCGAGGACAUGUUCGACAAUGGCAGCUUCCUGCGCCGACGGAAGCGGUACAAACGUGCGCCAGCCAUGCAGCGCUUCUCGUUUCCCGCCGUCUUUGGGACACUGUCGCCGUUCUGGAUACGGAAGCCGGUGCCGCUGGUGCCGGUGCACUUCAAUGUGCCCAACUUCAAUGGGAGUCGCGACUUUGAUGUGAUGCACACGCCCAGCGAUGUGUUCGACACGGCGCUGCGUGUGGAUAAAAAAUUCAAUUUCUUUGCCAAUGCGGAGGCUUCAUUCUACCAGAACAACAGCGAGAAGUUCGAUCGUCUGUCGUUCAUCAACCGCCGAACGGAGCCCGUGGACCCACUGCCUCCAGCCAGCAGCGGCAGCGCCGCCGGCGAUGCCAGCAGAGCCAACAAGUACAAAAAUCCUUAUGCGUUCGAUGUGUCCGCCGCUGCGGCUGGCCUUGGUGCAGCCGAAUAUGCCGAGCGAGCCAACUAUACGGAUCUCAAUGUGUACAACGAUGAAGUGGAUGGGGAGGGGGACGGGGAGGGAGACGAUACGUCGUGCGAUAAAAUUGAUGUGGAAAGCGCCAAUGAGCACGAACAGGAUUCGCAUAUAUCGGACUCCGUGGAUUCGGUGUGCACAAAUCCCAAUCGUUUAGAUGUGGCCACAGAGGCCAUUACACGCGAUCCAGAUCCCGAGCCGGAGCGCAAUUCGCCCUAUGCGAUGCUCUUCGAUCAGACGGAGGCAUCCAACAGUUCGCUCGCGAUUACGUCCAGUCCCAAGGUGGCCAUGCACAGGAACACACUCACCAGGACGACCUUGCUGCACAUGAACAGUGAGCCCGCCAAUCUGAGAUGCGCCAGACAGACCAUGGCCAAGGACUUUCGCAUCGAGACGCUCAUCGGACACGGGCACAGCGAUGGUGCGGCCAGUGAUUAGUUAGUUCAGCCGGGACGGAACGGUGCGCCAUCUGCUUGUGUAUAUUAAAGUGAUUUCAGUUACGAUUACGAUCUAAGCAUAUUUUAACACCUCGUCU